AUGAAAGAAAAUAGUAAGAUAAAAAAUCUAAACACAGUCAAUGCAUCCAAGGAAGACGAUCUUCUGGUUCUCCAAAGCUCAAAUCAUCCUGGGUUGAUCCUCAUCUCUGCGCUUCUCACUGACAAGAACUACAUAUCUUGGCGUCGUGCCAUGAGAAUAGCAUUGGGCGCAAAGAACAAGCUAGGGUUCAUCGAUGGCAAAAUUACUAUACCAGAGGAAGGUUCUAAAGAUUAUGAGAAGUGGAAACGCUGUGAUUACAUGGUAACUUCUUGGUUGCGUAAUUCGAUUGCCAGAGAAUUAGUAAGAGGAUUUCUAUAUAAUACAACUGUCAAAGAACUUUGGGAUGAAAUAGCUGAGCGAUUCAGUGAUAGUAAUCGGCCGAUGAUUUACCAAAUCAAAAGGAAGAUGGCUUCGAUCUCUCAAGAAAACUUAUCGGUCACGAAUUACUACUCAAAAUUGAAGCAGUUGUGGGAUGAACUAGCUAGUAUUGAGGCAUUGCCUCCAUGCACUUGUGGAUCUAUGAAAUUAGCAAAUGAUAUUCUUAAUAAAGAUAGAUUGAUGCAGUUUUUAAUGGGUUUAAAUGAUUCCUAUGACCAGGUAGAAACACAGAAAGAAAUACAAUUGAAUUUGAUAGAAAAUAUUGAUUCAGUAGCCCUAGCUACUAAAGCACAAGGACCACGUAAGUAUGAUGCUAGAAAAAGGCAUUGUGAUUACUGUAAUCUUGAUGGUCAUACAAGGGAGGGGUGCUUUAAGUUGAUAGGAUAUCCAGACUGGUUUAAGAAUCGAAAUAAGACAACAAAUCAACAAGCAUAG